AUCCUCCUACUCCUCUGGUGCCUGGCUGUCCUCUCGUUUGUGUUCUGUUGUGGAAUGCCUUGCCAAGGAUAGCGGGGGCAUGACGAGAAGAGAUUUUCCGAUAUUCGACUGCUACACCACCUGCACGGAUGUUCUACACCGCACGGGCGUCAUCACAGUAACCGGCACUCCGCGCUGAGGCUCCGCCCGGCGCAGUAUUCUGCUCACGGCCAAACAAGUCGGCGGUGUCUGAUCAGACCGGGACUGGGCCACCCGCCCCCAAAAUAAUAAACCAACCAAAACCAACCAUGGCAGCCGCCACUGCAACCCUGGACACGGGAGAACUGCUCGAACUCAUCCUCCUCAACCUCGACACGCGCACGCUACUGCUUUCGCAACGUGUCGACCGGAGAUGGCACUACAUUAUCCGCCACAGCAAAAUGCUGCAAAAGAAGCUCUUCCUCCUCCCCACCAACACCUUUGACGAAAUCCUCGAAUUGGGCCUCCUCGACGCUGCCAAAUCGGAACGAUAUAACAUCCUCGACGCCACUUCUCACCGCAGCAAGCAAUUCCUCGAACAUAUUGUCAUUCUCAAUGACCUCCUCUUCGACACCACCCGAGAAUGGAAACUGCGCAAUGUCGCCUUUGCCGACCCCGCCAAGAGAAGUGGUAGCAAUAGCAAUAGCAAUAGCAAUAGCAACAACAACAACAACAACAACAACCACGACCACCCCCACAACACCAACAACAACACUAACAACAACUACACUAACACCAACACCAUGACCUUCAUCCCCAGCUGGCAACGCAUGCUCCUCACCCAACCACCGCCCAGCACAGGCAAAGGCGACGUAAUGUUCUGGUUCGAAGACGCGCACGACCACGACGAACUGUGCGAAGGCGUCAACACGCUCGGCGACAUGAUGCAAAAAAUCUACGUCAAAGAAGCCAGCUUGACAGGCUUUGAUGUCGAUUGGAAAUCUGCGGCUGUGCGCCCUGUCAAACAUGCUGUCGAUGGGACGUAUUAUAUGAAAUUGUUGGCGCAGAGACAGAGGGAUUGUGAUGUUGCUGCGAAGCAGGAGGAGGAGGAGAUGCUGCUGCUGCAGAAGAAGAAGAAGAGGGGGAGGGGGAGGAGUAGAGGAGGGAUGGGGGCUGUUGGGCAGAGUAGUGAGCGGUUUGAGGAGUUUUUCGAAGAGGAGAUUCCUCGAGGGGGGUUUUAUGGUGGUGGGAACGGAGAUGGGAAUGAGGUGAUGACUACUACUACUAUUACAGUGGCUACGCAUGAUGAUGCGACGUGGCCGUGCGAGGGAGCCGAGUUUGCCAUGCUGUGACGACCCAGGUGUUGUCGUUUACAGACUUUUUUUUUCUGUUUGCCAGAGGAGUGUUGCGGGGGAAAG